UCAGCAGUGAGCAGCCGGGGCGGGGAGACGGGCGGCCGGACGGGCUGGCAGCGAUGCGGCGGGGCUAAGAGCGGGGAGACACGGCCAGUCAGCCAGGACUUGCUACAGAACUAUGUACCUCUGGAUCACUGGCUACUGUUAUCUGCGCCUCUCCCCUUGUCGGUGCAUAUUUAAAUCAGACUUUUAAUAUCCCACCAGCUGCUUCCCAGACACAUGGUAGAUUGCUGUCAUUCUCAACAUUGCAUCUGCGACGGCCGAGCCUUCUUCAGCUUCCCAAGAGCAGACCACACGGAUACAGUGACAGGCACAGCUCGGGUCACAGUGCCCUCUAUAUUGAGUCCUCUGCUGGUUGGUGCUGGUACACCCAUUAGCCAUGGAACAAGGAAUGGACUACUGGUUAGCACAGAUACAACAAAAGGAUGUUGGGAAGCGCCUUCAGGUGGGGCCGGACAUGAUAGAUUACCUGUCCGACAGGCAGAAGUCCGCAGACCUUGAAUAUGACCAGACAUUACUUGAUAGGAUGGUUGACGGACUAGCCACUUCCUGGGUGAAUUCUAGCAAUUACAAGGUCGCUCUGAUUGGAAUGGAUAUUCUGUCUGCCUUAGUUUCACGUUUACAGGACAGAUUUAGAACACAGAUUGGAACAGUUCUUCCCAGUUUACUCGAUCGGUUAGGGGAUGCCAAGGAUUCAGUUCGAGAACAAGACCAGAAUCUUCUGAUCAAGAUCAUGGAGCAAGCAAGUAAUCCUCAGUAUGUGUGGGAUCGGAUGCUGGGAGGAUUCAAACACAAGAAUUUUCGUACACGGGAAGGUGUCUGCCUCUGCCUUAUCGCUACACUCAACACAUAUGGAGCCCAAGGUCUGACAUUGAGCAAGAUUGUACCCCAUAUAUGCAACCUGCUGGGAGACCCCAAUAGUCAGGUUCGAGAUGCUGCAAUAAAUUGCCUGGUUGAAAUCUAUAGACAUGUAGGGGAGCGUGUGAGAGCUGACCUGAGUAAGAAAGGGCUGCCCCAGUCUCGAUUAAAUGUGAUAUUUACAAAAUUUGAUGAAGUUCAAAAGUCUGGAACCAUGAUCCAGUCAUCUCUCGAUAAGAACUUUGAUGACGAAGACUCCGUUGACAGUAAUCGUCCGUCAUCUGCUAGCUCCUCAACAUCGUCCAAGGCUCCUUCCCAAGCCCGCAGAGUGGUGGCCAUGACACCUGCCCGUCGACCUGUGACUUCAACACUUGGCUCUAAGGCUGGAGGAGCAGCAAAAGAAGGAGCUGGAGCUGUAGAUGAAGAGGACUUUAUCAAAGCAUUUGAAGAUGUUCCCACUCUCCAGAUAUACUCUGCCCGAGACCUCGAGGAAUCUUUGAAUAAGACCCGGGAAAUUCUCUCGGAUGAUAAACAAGAAUGGGAGCAAAGAAUCGUUGCUUUGAAGAAGAUCCGUUCUCUCAUCAUGGCCGGCGCUGCCGAGUAUGACAUCUUUCUCCAGCACGUGCGCCUGCUCGAUGGAGCUUUCAAACUGUCUGCCAAGGACCUGCGAUCCCAAGUGGUACGCGAAGCUUGUAUCACACUCGGCCAUUUGUCUUCUGUUCUGAGGAACAAAUUUGACCAUGGAGCGGAAUCGAUCAUGCCCACACUUUUCAAUCUUGUUCCAAAUAGUGCCAAAGUAAUGGCCACUUCCGGAAUGGUAGCCAUACGAUUAAUCAUACGACAUACACACACUCCCCGACUAAUACCGAUCUUAACCAGUAGCUGCACCUCUAAGUCAGUCGCGGUUAGAAGGCGCUGUUUUGAAUUCCUGGAGCUGCUACUACAAGAAUGGCAAACACAUGUACUGGAAAGACAAAUAUCGGUGCUAGCUGAGACCAUCAAGAAAGGUAUCCACGACGCAGAUUCCGAAGCAAGGAUAGUUGCACGCAAAUGUUACUGGGGUUUUCACAGUCACUUUAGCAAAGAAGCGGAACAUUUAUAUCACAACCUGGAGUCAUCGUAUCAGAAAGCACUGCAGUCUCAUUUGAAAAACUCAGAUAGCAUCGUCUCACUGCCUCAGUCUGACCGGUCAUCCUCCAGCUCCCAGGAAAGUCUCAACCGUCCGCUGUCAACCAAAAGGAGCCCUACAAGCAGUGCUGUAUCCCGAGUGUCCACAACUACCACAAAGCCUUUAUCCACGCCUGGCUCUCUGCAGCGAUCUCGCAGUGACAUUGAUGUGAAUGCUGCUGCUAGCUCCAAGUCUAAAGUUGCAUCUGCAACCAUUGCCACUCCUUUUAGCUCCGCAGCUGCGUUGCCCCCUGGAUCCUACGCUUCGCUAGAUGGUCCUUCGGCUAAAUCGCCUGGUCGAAUUCGCACUAGACGACAGAGUGCAGGGAGCAACUGUAGUACGUCCUCAGCUGUGGUGGACACACGUGGACGCAGCCGAGCUAAGAUUGUAUCACAGUCCCAACGAUCCAGAUCUGCUAAUCCUGCCAGCGCUGGCAGUCGCUCUGGUUCCCCAGGAAAGCUGCUCAGUAGUGGUUACGGGGUCAUCUCGACUGGUGUGCAGAGGGUCCCUGCAAUGCCAUCGCCUGAGAAGAGGAGCAAGGUUCCACGUAGCCAAGGGUGCAGCAGGGAGACAAGCCCAAACAGAAUAGGAUUGGCACGGAGCAGCCGUAUCCCCCGACCCAGCAUGAGUCAGGGGUGCAGCCGCGAUACCAGCCGGGAGAGCAGCCGCGAUACUAGUCCCGCCCGGGGCUUUGCUCCUCUGGUUUCUCGACGCCAUUCCAGGUCUACUAGUGCUCUCUCCACCUCCGAAUCUGUGGGGCAGUCAGAUCGCUAUGGACUCGGCCAGUCUGGACGAUUACCAUCAUCCGUUAACGCUAUGCGGGUACUGAGUUCCAGCACAGACCUGGAGGCAGCAGUAGCCGAUGCACUGCUCCUUGGAGACCCCCGGAAUAAGAAAAAGCCUGUGAGGCGCCGCUAUGAGCCGUAUGGCAUGUACUCCGAUGAUGAUGCCAACAGCGAUGCAUCCAGCGCCUGUUCAGAAAGGUCAUAUGGCUCCCGGAAUGGGGGAAUACCGCACUACAUGCGCCAGACAGAGGAUGUGGCGGAGGUGCUAAAUCACUGUGCCAGCUCCAACUGGUCAGAGAGGAAAGAGGGUCUGGUUGGGCUGCAAAACCUGCUCAAAAGUCAGCGAACACUCAGCCGCGUGGAACUGAAAAGACUCUGUGAGAUUUUCACUCGAAUGUUUGCUGAUCCUCACAGCAAGGUUUUCAGCAUGUUUUUGGAAACACUGGUCGAUUUUGUCAUCAUUCACAAGGAGGAUCUGCAGGACUGGCUGUUCAUUCUCUUGACGCAGCUCCUGAAAAAGAUGGGGGCCGACUUGCUGGGCUCAGUGCAGGCGAAGGUUCAGAAAGCUUUGGAUGUGACUAGGGACUCUUUCCCAUUCGAUCAGCAGUUUAACAUCUUGAUGAGAUUCAUAGUAGAUCAGACUCAGACUCCAAACCUCAAGGUAAAAGUUGCGAUAUUGAAAUACAUUGAAUCACUGGCACGACAGAUGGACCCAACAGACUUUGUGAACUCUAGUGAAACGCGCCUUGCUGUCUCCAGGAUCAUAACUUGGACAACGGAACCAAAGAGCUCAGAUGUGAGAAAGACCCUGCAUAACUGGGGUUGCGAUGACUUGCCUUCAAAGCCCAGCACGGCCGCCUCAGGCCCUGGAGAGGGGAAUCUGGAGGAGAAAUGUAAACAGGCAGCGCAAAUUGUCCUCAUUUCCCUUUUCGAACUAAACACACCGGAGUUUACCAUGUUACUGGGUGCUUUGCCAAAAACAUUCCAGGAUGGUGCCACCAAACUCCUACACAACCAUCUCAGGAACUCCAGUAACAGCAGCAUGGGAUCUCCAAGCAACACGAUCGGCCGUACCCCUCCUCGGCACUCUAGCAGUCGUGCCAGCCCCUUAACAUCCCCCACCAACUGUUCCCACGGUGGCAUCUCUCCCAGCCUGCUGGACUACGAUACAGAAAACCUAAACUCCGACGAAAUAUACAGCUCUCUGCGCGGAGUCACUGAGGCGAUUGAGAAGUUCAGCUUCCGAAGCCAGGAAGACCUUAAUGAGCCAGUCAAGCGGGAUGGAAAGAAGGAUGGUGAUAUCGUUUCUAGAGAGCUUGGAAUAGCUUCUCCAGCUAGCGAUCUCCGAGGUGGUUUAGACAUGGUAGAAGGUGGGAGGAUGGCGCUCGAUAACAAGACAUCCCUUCUUAACACGCAGCCACCUCGUGCCUUCACAGGGCCGCGUGGACGGGAGUACAACCCUUACCCAUACUCAGACUCAAUAAGUAGCUAUGAUAAAACAGCGCUCAAGGAGGCAGUGUUUGAUGAUGACAUGGACCAGCUACGUGACGUGUCUAUUGACCACUCUGAUCUGGUGGCUGACUUACUGAAAGAGCUGUCCAACCACAAUGAGCGAGUGGAGGAAAGAAAAGGAGCUCUGUGUGAACUGCUGAAGAUCACACGAGAAGACAAUCUUGGUGUUUGGGAAGAACACUUCAAAACCAUCCUUCUUCUCCUAUUGGAGACUUUGGGAGACAAAGAUCAUGCGAUACGAGCCUUGGCAUUGAGGGUAUUGAGAGAGAUUCUCCGGAACCAACCAGCUCGGUUUAAGAAUUACGCAGAGCUGACGAUCAUGAAAACCCUGGAGGCACACAAGGAUUCCCAUAAAGAGGUUGUAAGGGCUGCGGAGGAAGCUGCGUCCACCCUAGCCAGUUCCAUCCAUCCUGAACAGUGUAUUAAAGUUCUGUGCCCCAUCAUCCAAACUGCCGAUUACCCCAUCAACCUUGCUGCUAUAAAAAUGCAAACAAAGGUUAUCGAGAGGAUUUCAAAGGAGUCUCUGCACCAGAUCCUGCCAGACAUAAUCCCAGGAUUAUUACAGGGGUAUGACAACACAGAGAGCAGUGUGCGUAAGGCCAGCGUGUUCUGUCUGGUAGCGAUUUAUUCUGUGAUUGGAGAAGAAUUAAAACCUUAUCUUGCACAGCUUACAGGAAGCAAGAUGAAACUGCUGAAUUUGUACAUAAAAAGAGCUCAGACAACCAACAGCAACAGCAGCUCUUCUUCAGAUGUUUCCACACACAGUUAGUGGACGUGGUCAAUGCUUGGUCACUUUACAGAAUGGCUGCCAGAGGGCACACCCACGAUUUAGGCUGAUUUCAGCGGUGGACCAUUAAAUGUCUUUUACACUAAUAGAAAAAAACUUCUACACUGGAGACAUCAACAAGGAUUUCCAGGCCUGAAUGGGUUUAAUUAGUCAAGAAAUCGGUGUUUGUCCAAUCUGCGAGCUGGGAUUUGCUGAAUAAAGAGAACAAAAAAGCGCUUACGCAGACUGAGUCGUGAGAUUUCGACGCCAUCAGCAGUGCCUCCGUCAUACCUCUCUCUGCAACAUCACAUGUUUUUUAUUUUUUAACCUUUCUGAAAGCUGUGAAGCCCUGCCAAAAGUAUUGAUCGGAUGUUUGUUCCAGAUCUGUUUUGGAGGAGAUCACAUAUUAGUUUUAUUUGCUAUGAAACAUUUACUGUGAGUGAAGUAAGUGCAUUCUGCAAGAUGUAAGAUGUAACGCUAAUCAACCCAACCAUUAGACACACGCAGUGCAUGUCAUGGUAAUAUUGGGGGGCUAAAUCCCCAGGGAAAUGUAUUCAUAAUAAAACUCUUUAUGGUUUGAGGGGCUUUUAUUCUUAAAAUGCACAAUCAUUCAAUUUCUCCCAAGUGCUUUGUCAUUUUAUUUCUUUAGCAAGCCGCCAUCACCUCCUAUUGUUAUAGUGAUGAUGUCAUUGCUGAAAAGGAAAAUGUGUCAUGUAUUCAGUAGGUGAAUUCCCUUUUAUUUAAAGGAGCGGUAAGAAUGACUAAGGUUGCCAUUAAAUGCACGGACAUCCAAUCUGUUGCGCAAGUCUUAUCCCAUUAUGUCUGAAAAGUGCGCCUUCAUUCUCAAUCAAGACUGCAAGACUUGACUCCAUGAGCUUUGUUCAACACAAGCGGCGUUUGGCCACUCAAAGCACUUAGCCUAAUGCUGGCCAAGGCAUAAAAUGUGACUGCCCAUGGACUUCUUAAAUUCUCCUCUCGCUGGCCAUGCAGUUCGACGAGAAAUCUAUCCAUAGCCAGGGAGAGCGGCGUGAAAUGUACGUUUUUUUUUCCUCGAUUUAUUUAUGCAUUAUUUAAACACAAUGUAUAUAGACCGCAUCACUCGUAGAACUGAAGCUUUCAAAAUGUAGAAACUUUUAGGGCUCUAAGAGGGGGUUCCACUCUGUCUGGCAGCUCAGGAACUGGUGACAUGUUUCUCUAGAGAAGGGUUGACCUACCCGAAGCUCUCACCUGAAGUAGGUGUGGUGCAUUUCCCUAAUCCUGGCAGGGCAGAGGGUUGUGGGGGUUGCAGUUGCUCAGCAGAUGGAGAAGGGCAAAGGUUGUUUUCUCUUCUCAUUGAACAUAGAUAAAAAGAUGUCUGUUGGCAUAACACGGGUUAUUGCUGCACUCCAGAUUCAUGAGGUUUGCAGCAAUGGUCUUUGGAUUAGAAUGGGUUAAAUAAAGUGUGGUGGUAUUUUCGAAAAUCCAUUAUUAAACUGUUUCCAAACUGCUGUUUCAUUAAGUCUUUGAGCUGCUUGGCUCCGCACAGCAUUAUCUCACGACCUUGUGUGACACCAAUACAAAUAUAGAUUGAAUUAUACACUAUCUGUCAAUUCCUGCAACAGUAUCAAAAACAGCAAUUGUCCAAAACAUAUCUUCUGUAACAAAUUUGUUCCCCAAGACGAUUGCGUAAGGGUUAAUGCCUAGAACCAAAAAAACACUUACAUACCCAACCAAAGAGAGACCUUUUUUUAUUUUAAUGGACUGCUUUUUAUUGACACUGUCAAGCAGAGGCUUAAUUGUCCCAGUAGCAGCAUUUGGUCUGAUUGUCAUAGAGAGGCUGUGAGUAGUGUGAUUGUCAUACACAGACUGCGAUUAGUGUGAUUUGCACACUGUAUGUACGUUGUUUGAUUGGCCCACUGUAUGUGCGUUGUUUGGCACAUUGCGACUGUAAGUAGUGUGAGCACACUGUGUGCGUAGUUUGAUUGGCACAUUGCGGCUGUGAGUAGUGUGACUAGCACACUGUGUGCGUUUGGCACAUUGCGGCUGUGAGUAGUGUGAUUGGCACACUGCAUGUAUAGUUUGGCACAUUGUGGCUGUGAGUAGUGUGAUUGGCACACUGUAUGCAUAGUUUGGCACAUUGUGGCUGUGAGUAGUGGGAUUGGCACACUGUAUGUAUAGUUUGGCACAUUGCGGCUGUGAGUAGUGGGAUUGGCACACUGUAUGUAUAGUUUGGCACAUUGCGGCUGUGAGUAGUGGGAUUGGCACACUGUAUGUAUAGUUUUGCACAUUGCGGCUGUGAGUAGUGUGAUUGGCGCACUGUAUGUAUAGUUUGGCACAUUGCGGCUGUGAGUAGUGUGAUUGGCACACUGUAUAUAUAGUUUGGCACAUUGCGGCUGUGAGUAGUGGGAUUGGCACACUGUAUGUAUAGUUUGGCACAUUGUGGCUGUGAGUAGUGGGAUUGGCACACUGUAUGUAUAGUUUGGCACAUUGCGGCUGUGAGUAGUGGGAUUCGCACACUGUAUGUAUAGUUUGGCACAUUGUGGCUGUGAGUAGUGUGAUUGGCACACUGUAUGUAUAGUUUGGCACAUUGCGGCUGUGAGUAGUGGGAUUGGCACACUGUAUGUAUAGUUUGGCACAUUGUGGCUGUGAGUAGUGGGAUUGGCACACUGUAUGUAUAGUUUGGCACAUUGCGGCUGUGAGUAGUGUGAUUGGCACACUGUAUGUAUAGUUUGGCACAUUGCAGCUGUGAGUAGUGGGAUUCGCACACUGUGUGCGUAGUUUGAUUGGCACAUUGCGGCUGUGAGUAGUGGGAUUCGCACACUGUAUAUAUAGUUUGGCACAUUGCGGCUGUGAGUAGUGGGAUUGGCACACUGUAUAUAUAGUUUGGCACAUUGUGGCUGUGAGUAGUGUGAUUGGCACACUGUAUAUAUAGUUUGGCACAUUGUGGCUGUGAGUAGUGUGAUUGGCACACUGUAUGUAUAGUUUGGUACAUUGUGGCUGUGAGUAGUGGGAUUCGCACACUGGAUGUGGGUAGUUAUGGCUGUAAGUUUUGUGAUUGACACACUUGCUGCUGUGAGGAGUCAUUUGCAGUAUUUUAGGUGACCAGCAGACCCCAGUUCCAGAGGGGAGGUUUAUCCAUUCAAACACUGUAUUUAUCUAAGUGAAAUAUCUCCGUAACAGAAGCAGGAAUCAGUAAAGUGAACCCCCUCCUCUAGUUUGAAGUACUGUAGUUCUUAGGUUUUGCAUAACUAUAAAGGCAUGAAUCUAACUUACAGCCUCCUGCUGUGCCUGGGUUACCAAUAACUCAGAGGAACCUUCUAUAUUGCGACUAUCGGCCUAUUGAGUGUCUCCCUUCGUAUCCCAGCAUCAUAUUAUUAAUGGACUUUGGUAAUAUUUAAAAGGAUUAUGUUGGAUGGACUGUGGUUGUAAAAGUUACGUCGGGGAGGGCUUACUACGCGUUUUACGGUGAUGAAUUGCUGGAUCUUUGGGGUUAAUGUGCAUGUAAUAUUUUUUUUCCGCCAUGUUACCUUUCUUUGUAUUUAAAUCUUGUGUUCAAUCCACCUCUCUGUGUAUCACGGCAGUUGUACAGAAUCUUUUGUUGCAUUAACAUGUAUGUGAUAGAAUUUGCUAAAAAAGGAAAAAAGAGAAAAUGAGACAAAAAAAAAAUCCUGAGUUUGCUUUCAAAUAAAUUCAGUUUCUGUUUAA